GCCCCGCCCUUUGCCCUUUGACUCCACUUGUAGGUGCCCUCGGUGAGCUCCUGUGCACUGCCCCACACCCUGCUCUGUCACCAGCCCCAUUGUGAUGUCAUAAGAGCCCAGCUGCCCACCCACAGACUAGUGGGUGACUCAGGAGUACCCUCUCCAUUUCUUACUGUGACUUUUGUCCGAGCGCAACUUGUAUGCUAUGGGAAAUUCUCUAAGCAAAUUGUGUUCCUUUAUCUGCCGCAGGAUCUGGCAGCGGUGGCAACCAUGACGGUCUCCACUUGUCCAUGCGGACUUUUCGGCUGGCCGGCUUCACCCCGCAGCUCCUGCGCAUGUGCCAGCCCCGCGAGCCCUACACGGUUCCCCAUUCCUCUUGUUCCCUUCGGGAGGUCUUGGGCCUUAUUUUCCAUCGAGCUCCAAUUUCACCCCGAACUCGAGCGCCCUACUGCGGGACCUGCCUCCUCUUGCCUGGAGCCCCCCGUCAAGGAAGAAACCCAUGCUAGGCCACUUGGCACGCGAGGGACCCGUGAAGAUCCCUCCUCUAAGCCUAACUUUUCCACUCCGACUGCCUUCGCUACAAGUGCCAGCCCGAUCCUGAAGACGGCGGUGAGAACAGAAGAGCCUGAAGAACAGAUGGAGGUGGACAAUCAGGGCCUUGGAGUGCUCAGCGCACACAGCCCUGCAGGAGGCAUCCUUCCCUUUUGGAAGCCUGACCCAGCUCCAGCAGUGCUCCCUGGCCCAGUUCCCGGCUGCUCCCAUUGGCCAGACAAGGCGGCCUCUCUGGUACUGGGGAAAGACCACCAGCCCAGCUCCUCAGCCGUGCUGAUGGAGUGGGAGGCGACCCAGCACAAGGAUCCUCCAGCUCUUGCCACAAAGAGCCCUUCUACACCAAGGGCUGCCAGCCGCAGUUCGCGACAACCAAAAUGGUUAGCGCAACCCCAGCAGCUGCCACUGGUCCCUCCGCAGCAAUGGAGGUGAGGGAGUGACGGGGGGCCCCCACCCGCUAAACGUACCCGCCAAUCCCUGAAAGGAUUCACCGGCACCGGCAGGUCAAGUAGAACAACAUCAUCCAGGAGACUGAAAAAGCAACAUGGGAAGAAAUUACAGUAAACUGCAAUGCCAGCCCACCUGCCCCACCUGCUCUCCCUGCCCCAGGCCACCUACGUGUCACAGAUCCCAACUCCUCCUCCUGCCUCUGACUUGACUCAUGUGGCUGCUGGGCCCCUCAUCCUGCCCGUCCCUUUGCUUUUGACCACACCAAGAAUUGAGUAAAAAUUGAUAUCUAUGGCUAGGCACAGUGGCUCACUCCUGUAAUCCCAGCACUUUGGGAGGCCAAGGCGAGUGGAUCACCUGAGGUCAGGAGUUCAAGACCAGCGGACCAACAGGAAGAAACCGGUUGCAUCUAUACUAAAAAUACAAAAUUAGGGCCGGGCACGGUGGCUCACGCCUGCAAUCCCAGCACUUUGGGAGGCUGAGGUGGGUGGAUCAAGAGGUCAAGAGAUCAAGACCAUCCUGGUCAACAUGGUGAAACCCCGUCUCUACUAAAAAUACAAAAAAUUAGCUGGGCAUGGUGGUGCAUGCCUGUAAUCCCAGCUACUCGGGAGGCUGAGGCAGGAGAAUCGCUAGAACCCAGUAGGCACAGCUUGCGGUGACCUGAGAUCGCACCUUUGCACACCAGCCUGGGCAAGAAAAACAAAAUUCCAUAUAGAUACAAAGAAUGUUUGCAUGUAGAUAUCUUGCAACAAUACAACGUGAAGAAACUUGCAGAUCAACAAAUGUAGGGACCUCAUAAAAUUCAAAUGACAAUUUUAAUGUAUUGGAAGAAAGGCAGAACAGUCACUCCCCUCCACCGUGAGAAAGUGGUGCUUCCUGCCCACCUGCAGAUUGUCCUGAGAUCCGUGGCAGCACGCUUUGUAGAAACUGGAUGCUUCCAUCACUCAUCCCUAAAGUUACACAGAGGCUCUUUCUACAUCCUUUGGCCUGGAGCAGCACUGAGGCCACCCUGGUGAGUAAAUGCGAAAAACCAGUGGCUCCGGAAAAGGUGUAACCCAUCUGACAUACUCAAGAUAGGUCAAACAUCCCACUGGAAAAUGGAAACGUGCGGUGAAUGCCAUUGGGCAGAGUGUCAUCGACAAGCACUGGCUCAGGUGCCCGGGCUUUGUGAUUUGCCUCCUGUGUGCCUCAGGGCAGCCGACUGACCCCUCAAGGCUGCAGCAAAACAGUGGUAAAAACACCCCAGCAGCUGCUGUGUGCAUUAAAUGAGGCCUCAUUGAAAACAUAUUUUUCGUAGUUUCUGGUCUAGUGCUCUAUAAAUAUCACUAUAUGUA